UUAAUGUCGUGUGACAGUGAAUGGACGGUGCCACACUAGUCGCUAAAAGUUACUAUUUCGUGAUAAGUGUUAUGUGUGCACUGUGCAGUGUAACACAAAAAGGAUUUUUGUUAAUGUAUCCAGAUUAGUAACGGAAAAGAUGGCGGGCGUGCAGUUACGACUGCUGCUAUGGAAGGACUAUCUCAUGCGGAAGAGAAAUCCGAUUACAGUGGCUGGUAUACUGUGGGCUAUAGGAGUCAUCUCAAGUAUAUGUAUCGUACGAUUUAACAUUGAUAAUCAGGACUUUCCUACAUGUCAGUUCGCGGCGCGGGCGCUGCCAAGCGCUGGUCUAUUAACGUUUUUACAGUCAUUUAUAUGUAACGUGAACAAUGAGUGCUCCUCCAUGGAUGAAUUUCAGGAAAUACCUACAUUUGAACAAUCGAAGUUAACCCAAUUAAAACGUCAGCUGAUGCCGCUGGUGAGCAACGAGAGCAUCGUGGAAGUGGCGGGUUCUAUUCCCGACGCGAUCAAACUGAUCGCCACGCUGGCUGACGUGGCAGACGAAGCGACCUUCUUGGAUAUCACGAAGAAUGGAAUCCGCGUAGGAGCUCUCUUCAGAAACCCUACACGCGUUAAACAAUACCUAGAGGAGAAAUUAAGUAUCCGAGAAGAUGUUGCUACAAGUGUUAUUUCUGCACAGCUCGGAAUUGGUUCUAUAAUAAAUGGAACCUUUGAUAGAUGUAACGCGGAUUCUGUGAAGAAAGUUAUAAAAAUUGAGAAUGCAGAACAUCUCAGUACAUUUGUGAACGAGCUCUGUUUGAUGACGAAAGACGAUUUGCAGAAGAUUCUUUUGGAUCUGGUGUGGGAGAUGGAUUUAGGGAAAUAUAUAACUAUGGCUGGCAAUAUGUACGCGAAGCUAUCCGGCGACGAGAGAUUAGCCAAACUCGGAAAUAUGACAAGUGCAGCUCUGCGGAUGCUCUCCAUCCACAGCUUUCUGCCACCGGAGGUCGACGGCAUCAUCUACGGCACCGAUGAUGACUUUUCUUACGUACCCGUUUCUUUAAUAAGGAAAUUUAUCAAUCUCUUCGAACCUGUUUUCGGAGAAACAGAUUCGUUUAAAUCGCUCAAAGACUUCGCAGACGCAUCCAUAACGGGCGUUCAAUUCUUGAAUAAAGCUUUAAAAAAGGGGAGCAACGCAUCGGUCGGUCUAAAUAAUAACAACACUGAUGAAACUCCAAUUGACGUUUUUAAUAUAUUGGCUCGAAUAACAAAUUUAAUACUGAAAUUCGUCUCAAAAGAACAAAAACACGAGGCGUUAUUUUACGCCACGCUGUUCUCGAAAUUAAUUGAAGUGGCGAACAAAAUGGUGGACAUCAACACUAAUAUACAGAAGUUGAUCUACGAAGUCUCCUUAAGGAACCCCAAAGGGGUGAAGGUGCUCCUGGGCCUGCCUCUGGACAUCGUCGAGAAGGGGCUCGAAGGCUUAGCAGACCCGGAACGAGCGCAGAUUAUCACAUCGAACCUUGAAAAACCAGCGCAACCGUUCUGCGACGUGCAACGGAUUACGAAAUUCUUCCUUUUGGCUAAAGACGAGGCGACGGACUUACGAACACGCCUCUGUACCGAAGAGUGGAAGAUGUAUGUCCAGGAUAUGGUCGCUUCCUUCGGGACGUACGAAGCAAAGAAUAACAUUAACGCAAUCGCCUCUCUCUUCGUGAUGGAAGCUCUGGGAAGUGACGUGUCUGACAAACUGUAUUCCAUAGACAGAGACUUUGCCGUCUUCAACAACUUCACGGAGCGUAUCGCAAACUUGGACAAAGUGAAAAAACCCGAUUUGAACUGGGAUAUAAUAUUUAGUCAAAACGAUGCGGACUUUUUGAAAGUCGUUAAAGAAAAAGAAGGGCUGGGAAAACAUAUUCUUUUGACAGUCCACGGAUGUCUGGCGAAAGAAGUGGUCAGACAGAAUUCGUUGUUGGAAUUUAAGUUGAGUCCUCUGCUCAAGGACACGACGUCCCUGAUAGCAGUGCUGAACGAGCAACUGAAAUCCUCUUCCAAGGAAACGGCGCAAAGGCUCAAGGAGACGUAUCCGGAAUUGCUCAAGGUUCUCGCGAUCACAGCACUCGAUGAAAACAAGACGUUUAGGUCCUUAUCAACAGCAAGUGAAGACAUAUUUUGCCGAGGCCUGGAGAAUGCCAACCAAUUCCUCAGCUUCCCACCCAGCUUAGAUGCUCAACAUUUUAUUGACACAAUUUGUGAUGUCUCGAAGGAGAUUGAGAAUGGAUUGCGUCACGACUCCGCUCUGUCACUUGGUAUAGCUGAGCUGAGAAACGCCAACCACAGUGUGUUAGAAGAAAUUAAUUGGACGAAACUGAUCAAAGGCAUUAAGCAAUUGUAUAUGACCGUCGAGGAGGACUACCCAUACGUUCUCGAGUUCCGUAGCUACGGCAUGGACAAACACACACAGGAACAAAUCCGACAACUGUUUGCACAGGCUACAGAUUACUGGCUGAGCCUACAGAACUUGAAACGAAGCGUUCUUCUUGUGUUAAAUAUGGGUCUCCGCGCCCUUGACCUCUUGGACCACGAAGCGUUUGGUCUGAAUCAGGAUACUUGGCUUCACAUUAAGUACUACAUGGCCGUGGUGACGGGACCUUUGGACGUUAUUCACGAUUUCAUACAAUAUAUUUCCAAUAUCUCCAAAAAAGUACGAGCUCCAACCGAUAUUCCACCACAGUCUGCUUCUGUCAUUCACAAAGUGCUAUCCAGCCUGCCGCAACUGAUAGUGGAAUCUGUAGAUGUCAUCGUGAGAGACGACGUGCAGGUCGAUCAAAUUGUGAGCACCCUCAAUGCUGACACGCCGUGGCCUUGCGGCCGCAGCCUAACAGACAUCAUAAGUUUUCCUUCCACUGGACACGCUGUGACAUCUUUGGAGCACCUCAUCUGCUUCAAUAGAACCUUUCAAGUGGAAUGGAAAAAAUAUUUGGAUGAGAAAAAUGUUACAUUGUAUAAAACAAGUCACUGGAACGAAACAAUCCUAGCUCCACACGUAUUUCUCAAAUUCUCAAGAGUCUUCGAUAGAACUAUUGAAGACUUUUACUCUUUUAACGAAUUGAUUGACAAUAUUCUGGAGGAACCAAACGACGGCGGCUUGAAUUUGAGGUCGAGUUGGAAGUAUUCAAUGGACGCUUUUAAUACAUCGGAAGGUGAUGCCAUCUUGCGAAAUUUCUUAACAAAAGUGGAUUUGGUAAUGAAUUCCAUUACAACAUCGACACCAAAUAACGUCACCCUCAACACAUUAUGGACGAAUUAUAUAAACUGUUCAUCGAAAGUGUAUAUGGACGAUGUGUGUGCGCAAGCUAGCAGAGGCGCCUGGACUAACUUGUUUAAAUUCAUUUCUAUGGCUGUUGGAAACGCUACUGAGGAUUUGGGGACUUAUUUGAGUGAAGCUAACGGGGCAAACUCAACUAUACUGCAAGUGUUCGGUUUCACCAGUAAGACAGCGUUGUACUCGAUGUAUGCCAAGGCAUCGGAACUGAUUGGCGUUCUUAUCAACUCAUAUUGGGAUUUCGGAUUCAUGCAGCAGGUUCGUCGUGCGUCCCUUACCCAAUUCUGGGAUUGUGAAGCACUGCUAUCGUCGCUGACACCAGGUCCAGGAAGCUCCAUCACAGAAGAGAUGCUGCUAAGCUUCCAUCCUCUCGUCUGCCCGUCCAUGCUCUAUUGGCUCUCCAUGCCUGUCGGAGCUAACACGCUAUUCGAUGUUAUAACUAAACCGCAAUAUCUGUUUUUCACCCUCCACGUGGAGAGCUUCGGUAGUGUAUUUAAUAAUGCAUAUGUGAAAACUACUGAACUUUCCGACACUCUUAAAGAACUUUCGAAGAACGAAAGCUAUAUUGAUGUAUCACUCGUCAAUCUUAAAUCGAAACUAGAAACAAUUGUAGACAAUUUAAUUUCAUACAAAAUUAACGAAGACGAUCGGUCGUACUUAACGUUCAGAGAAAUGGUGAUGAAACAAGUGGCGUCGUCUAUAUAUUUGACGAGAACGGUGGAAAUCGUAAACAAAAUCUAUGAUUUAUUGAGUCAUAUUAACAUAGAUGACGUAGUAGCAAAUGUAUCAGGUGCUGACAAAAAGUCUAUAGAUACAGAUAUUUCUUCGCUGACGAGGUUAUUUAGAAGGAGAGCUUCGGACGUCGUCGGUAUACAUUUUGACGUAAUAACGGACGUGAUAUGGACAAAUAGAAACGAUUAUAAAAUCACAAAUUCGAUCGAAGUGAUGUGUGAUAAUUUAAAAAAUAAUGUCACCAAAGAAAUACUCGGGGACAACGCCAGGAUUAAGGGUAUAAUAUGUUCGAAGCAUUAUAAAAUAAUUUACAACGCAGUACAACACGUCAUCGAUGAUGAUUUUGAGGAAACCAGAAACAGUCUACUGACCGUUGUAAAAGUGCUGCAAAAUGUCAGCAACGACGAUGUGAAUGACGUCGUCUCAUUUCUCAAUGAAAAACAACAAAUAAUAUUUGCUCUAAAAAAGUCAAUAAAAUACGCAUCAGACCUGGACAUCCCGAUAUAUUUGAAAUACCUCGAAAGUAAUAUAGAGCACUAUACUGUGUUGCUGAAGUUUUUGUCGGGAGAUAACUGGUGGCAGGCGUUGAAGAACUUGUAUUCUGGAAAUCAGUCGAAAGCAUUUCUAGACUCAGUCGAACGAAGCUUCGAUAUUGCUAGUGAUGUUCUUAAUAAUUUGGAUAAAAUACACCUAGUAAAACUCUUCCGCGAUACCAACAUUAACGAUACGGAAUCAUUCUGUCGACCCAACAUGUCGCUGUCCGACUACCUUCCAGAUGGAACCGGACUCUUGUCCGCUGUUCACGGGCAGUUGUGUGGAGGCAAAUCCGAAUUGUUUAAGGAUAUACCACCUUUAUUGUUUGCUUCACAGGGAUAUGACGAUACACUUAAACUGCAACCCACCGUCGAUUACCGACAACUGAACGACCAUAUUUCUUCAGCCGAAGCAAAUCUUUUGAGGGUGGUUGAAGAAGUUGGAACACCGAUGGUUCCGGAGUGGGUCACGGAUGGAAACUUAGCAAAGUUCAGAAGCUCAGUGCUCAAUCUAUUGUCCAAAGAAACCAUCACGAAAGUAGCCUUUGGCAUUUUGAGCAACUUUGUCGACGGAAGCACGUUGUAUCUGAAUGAAACGUACUGUGGGGCGUGUUCCCACGUGACAGCUUGGGCGAAACAGAUCACGCUGCAGCUCUUCAAGAAACAGGAAUACGAGGAGUUCCUUUGUACCGUCCGCGGGAUGAAACCGAAAGACCUCCACCAUGUUAUCAAGAACACUUUCCAUUGGGACAUGGCUAUUGGAGAGCUAAUAUCGAUUCGGAACUACACCAAGUAUGAGCUGAACAAGUCGUUGAAUGAAUUUCUGGAGCAAAUGAAAGUGAUCCUCUUGGAAGACAUGAAUGCCAACUCGAGGUUAUGUCUGACCGACGACGUCGGCAGGAACAUAUUUGGCAACAUCACCUUGGUGUCAAGGAUUAUAUCUAAUUUCAUAGAAGUGAUAAAGGCAGAGCUACCCCACUUGCAAGAAGUGGAAGGUUUCUCUUCACUACCAUAUAUAGUCCAGCUUAAGGCUCAAAUUGCACCUCACAUAAGUGUCCCUGUCACUUUACAAGAAAUAGAAAAAGACGGAGUCAAUUUGCCGGACGCUUUAAAUGAGGAUUUAGGUGGCGCUUUUGAUCCUAACCAUCUACAGUUUAUAUACUAUCUCGACUUGCACAAGGUGAACGGAUUCCCCCUUCCAACGUCUUCGUUUAAAAUGCACAAAUAUAUAUGUAAAUAUAAUAAUUGUACAGAACUUAUAGCAGCCCUUAACAAUUAUUUGAAUUAUACUAAAAUUGAAAACAUGUUACCCCAAUUACCUCAAUUGCAACAUAAGGAGUUUUGGAAAUUCCAAUUCGUCUCGGAGAUUUUGGAUUCGGUCCAAAUGGUUAUAGAAUAUUCAUUCCCUAUUCUGAGGUAUCUCAGCAAAAUGGAUAUAGAAGGCGUGGCAGCCGGAAAACUGACUCCGAUGAUAAACUUGGUGAUGCAAAUGCAGAUUUCUGAUUUCUCGCAUAAUUUGAUUGAUAUUGUGGAAAGGGUAGCAGAAGAAUUAUCGCCGCUUCUGCACAACACAACCCUCCGACGAGAUAUGUCCGCUUUGAUGGAAGGCUUGCGAGUGUUAUUCAGUUAUAAGGAAUACAUCGUCGAGCGAGACGUCAACGUUACAAUAUCGGAAGUUUUUCAAAAUCCUGAUCGUAUAGAGACAUCAUUGAAGAACAUCGGAGUGAAUGAUACAGAUUUCUUGAACGUUCUUGGGGUUUUACACAACUGCAAAAUACGUUUAAAACCGCUGCUGUUGCAAGAACAAGGCCUCUACGACACCAAGAAGUUUGUCUGCAAUCGAACCGAGCUCGCUCAGAUAUUUGUACCGGACAGAAACGUCACAGACGACUUUUUCUCGGCCGUGAGUGAUCAGUUCUGCGAAAUGCCGGACGAACAGGCGAAAAAAAUUGUGCCCGUUUUGAUUGAAAAUAUUAACACCACCUUCUUUUUGGAUCGGAUAAAAUCGUUCCUCCUUAACAAACUAUAUGCGGCCCUGAACGUAACGGCCGACGAGGGCGUAAUAGUGUUGAAUAAGCUAUCAGAGAUGGCAACCCUGCUGCCCUCAGUCCGGCAGAACGUCGUCGAUGUGACCGAUUCCCUGGCCGAUGAGCCAUUAAUACGACGGCUUAAGGAUGGAUUUUCCAUUGGAGGUUUCAUGUCGUCUCCGGAAACACUGGCAGAGGUGGGUAACAUGAUGUGCGGGAAGCCGUUCCAGUCAGGUGUAAGCCGAUUCUACAAAAGCAUCGUGAACAGCGUCGACCUCUCUUCGCAGCCGGAUGAGGAACAACUGGCAGUGUUGCCAACGGACUUCUGUCGAUCCGUCUACACGGAUAUCGUAAACAUGGAGGGCGGCAAAAUCGUCUGGAGCUUCGUCAAACCUCUGAUCAUGGGAAAGAUCCUGUACACGCCUCACGGCCCCACCGUCCUGAAGAUCAUUGAAAAGGCAAACGCGACUUUUGCCCCGAUGGUGCAAAUGUUCAACUUGAUCCACACGUUUUCGGAUGCGUUUCCCUCUAUAGACAAAAUGUCAGCACACAAGCCGGGGCUGAAGGCCUUGGGAGACUUAUUAUCGGCUGAGGAAUAUCGCCAAAUAAGAGUAACUCUAUUCGGAAACGUUCCCGCGCCGCAAAUCGAUGUGGACGAACUGCUUUCUGGAAUCGGGGAUACUGAGGGUCUAGGCCGACUACUAAAGAAGGCAUCGGACCUGAUGCGUUGCAUCAAUCUGGACCGCUUCAAGGCUGUCUCGGAUGAACACAGAUUGACGGAAGAAGCCGCCAGGUUAACUAGGAUCAAUGAAUUUACCGCCGGUUUGGUCUUCCUCAACAUGAGUCACGAUGAAGAGACUUUUCCCAGGAACAUCGAAUAUAAGAUACGUAUGGACAUCGAGAACGCGCCGACCACUAAACGCACUAAGAACUACCUUUGGACUCCGGGCCCGGAAGCCAGUUUUCUGGAGAACAUGCGCUACUUCCGUGGCUUCAUCCAAGUCCAGGACAUCGUCGAGAAGGCCAUCAUCCAGCUUUCCGCCAGAAGACACAAGAGAGAAGUCUCCGACGAUGAAGACUGGGCGGUAUACACGCAGCAGAACCCUUACCCGUGCUAUAGGAAAGAUAUAUUCCAAACGUCUCUUUACGAGUCCCAAGCUCUGAUAGUUGCGUUCUUCUUUUCUUUCCUGUUCACCGUAUCCUCAGCCGUCAGAUUUAUUUUGGCCGAUAAGGAAUCUGGAAACACUAUGCUUAUGUCCGUGAUGGGAGUGAAUCUGAGCUACCACACCCUUUCGUGGUUCCUGAGCUCUUUGCUCGAGAUGUCGGUGACGAUGCUGUUGGUAUCCUGCGUCUUGUACUACGGAAAGAUUCUGCCCAACACUACGCCGACACUCACGUUCUCUCUGCUCUUCAUAUUUGGACUUUCCGUGCUCAGCUUUUGUUACCUAAUGGGGAAACUAUUCACGUCGGCCAGCGUCGGAGCCAUUUGUGCCGCGUUGGGAUAUCUCACGACCUUCAUGCCUUUCGUGCUCAUCCUCUCGCUCGAAGCCGUCCUCACCAGUGGCCUCAAGAUUUUUGUGAGCCUAUCGAUGUCGUCGUCGCUGUGCUACGCGUUUCUCUUCAUCUGCCGCUACGAGGCCAUGGGUGUGGGCGCAGACUGGUCCAAGGUGUGGGAAUCUCCGGACGACACCGGCGACAUGAAUAUAGGCCUCGCCGCCGCCAUGAUGGUAGUCGACGCCUGUCUCUACUUCCUUUUGGGGCAUAUCGUCGAAAGAAUCUGGGGCCUGAAAAAUGUGAAAAGCAAUGUGACAUAUAUAUCUUCGACUGACGAGAAAGCGGGUGUCAGUAUAAUAAACAUCACUAAAGUUUACUCCCGAGGCAAUAAACCCGCGCUCUCCGGGGUCAGUGUAGAGUUACGGCCGGGACAAGUCACCACUCUUCUGGGACACAACGGCGCUGGAAAAAGCACUCUAAUCAACAUCUUGACCGGAAUGCUGAAGCCCACAUCCGGCCAAGUGGUGAUCCGGUCCGGGUCGGGCGGGUCCACCCGGGUGGGCGUGUGUCCGCAACGGGACGUACUCUACGAACACAUGACCGCUCGAGAGCACGUACACUUGUACGCAACUCUUAAUAACGCCCCUAGCUCUGAGGUGGACGGUAUUCUGAAGGUAUUAUCUCUGGGACACGUGUGUGACGAGCCGGUCAGCAGACUGUCGGGUGGUACCAGGCGUCGUCUGUGCGUAGCGCUCGCCUUCGUGGGACGACCUAACCUGGUCACUCUCGACGAACCCACCUCGGGAGUAGACCCUCAGGCUCGAAGAGAGAUUUGGUCCAUGAUAAUGAAGUUGCGUGUGAACAGAACUAUUCUUCUCACCACACACCACCUCGACGAGGCGGAACUCCUCAGCGACCAGGUUGUCAUUAUGCACAAGGGUCAAAUCCACACCACCGGUUCUCCGAUAGAAAUUAAGCGAACCCUCGGCUCCGGGUACAAGUUGACCAUCCUGUAUCCCGGUGGAACCCAGGAUAUCGACGAAAAGACUCGACAAGGUCUGGAGCUGACCAGAAAUGUGGUGAACAAUGCCAGUUUGGUCGAUGUGACCGGCGAUGAAGUGGAGAUCAAUGUGCCUUUCUACGACGAAGAUGGGGUCAGCACCGAUUUCGAGGUCCUGUGUUCGACCCUAGAAGACAGCUCUGGCAGACUCGGGUACCGCAGUUACGGCAUGGAGUGUACCAGCCUCGAGCAGGUCUUCUUCAACAUCUGCGAUCAGGAUGAGGUUCCUCGUAAUUCUUCGGCCGUUGAUGCGACAUCUAAAAGUGCCUCUUCUUCGAGCAUAAAGACGGACUGUGUCCCUCUGGUGCCCCCCGAGGGGCCCCUCAAGGCUUCCGCCGCCCGACAGUUCCUGGCUUUGCUGCAAAAGAGAUACACUCAUUAUAUUAGGAAUAGGUGGUUGCUAUUCCUCCUACUCGUGCUGCCAUCUCUGUUCGUGACGGUGGCGAUGGGUUUCGCCAGCAUCAGGCCUCCGGCGGACAACGAGAUCUCGCUCAGACUGCAUCCAGAUCUGUAUCGACCCACCACUGACUAUUUGGUCCGGCCAUCGAAUUCCGUUCCGGAGAAUUUACUUGGAAAGAGAGUCAUGGAUAUAUUGCGACACGAACAACACUCACGAAAUUGGACUAAAGAGGACUCCCUAACGUGUAAAUGUGUGGACCCGAUUCAACAAUGUGAAAUUCCGGGAAAAUUAGAUCGACCAAAUUUGAUGGUGCUCCCCGACGUCGAUACUCUCAACGAUUGGCUCGUCACGUCCCAACAGGCUUAUAUCGAGAAGAGAUACGGGGGCUACUCAUCGUCGGUGAGCGACGACGUGACCCAUCUGACUUCGUGGUACAACAACAAAGGGCACCACGCCCUCCCCACAUACCUCAACCGCCUCAACGAGGCCCUCUUGAAGGCUUCCACGGGAGAUAACGCCACUCUGACGCUCUACACGCACCCUCUGAAGAUAUCCAACGAACAGCUCAACAAGGAUAACGUGUACCAGCACGUAGCUGACGCGGGCAUUUCAGCAAUGCUGCUGAUAGGAUACAGCCUGGUCAGCGCGGGCGCUGCCAUCUACCUCGUCACGGAACGAACUCAGAAGCAGAAGCGUCUGCAGCUGCUGUGUGGGGUCUCACCGACGGUCUACUGGUCUUCGGCUUUGAUCUGUGAUAUGAUUGUUAUUCUCGUGAACCUGGCAAUCACCGUGGUCAUUCUCAAGAUAUUCAACUUCCCCGUGUUUGUGGCGAGGAAUAACCUGUCUGCCAUUUGUGUCCUAAUUGUUUUGUACGGCUACGCGUGUGCAGGCGUUGUGUACGUGUCGGAGAAGUGGUUCAAGGAGCCGAGUCUGGCCAACAUGGUGCUGUUCUGUGGCAACACCUUCAUAGCUCUCGGCGGGAUCGCCAUACUAUUAGUUCUGGACAUCAUUUCCGAUUCCGACGCGACGGACCACGCCCGCUGGGUUUUACACAAAGUCUUUUUGUUGAGUCCUCAAUUCGUGUUGGCCGACGGCCUCUUGGAGAUCGCCAAGAACACAAUACAGGCUCAGGUAUUGGGCGCCUUGGGGAUGGACACGUACCGCGAUCCCCUGUCAUCUUCUCUGGUGCUGUACCACUACAUCUCAUUACUGGCGGUGGGAACUGCCCUCUUCGGGCUCAACCUGGCCCUCGAGUACGGUUGCUUCGACGAUUUACUUUCCAGGUUUGCUCCCCGAUACCCCAGACGAAGGGACGAAUCCUCGGAAGAGGACGUGGUACGCGAAGAGCGUCGAGUGACGGCCGCAGUUUCGCCGUUGCGUCUGCGCACCAUUGGAAACAUUAAUGCCGGAUUUGUGGACUCUAACGAAGACCUAAAGAGCAAUUCGCUGAAACGCUCCACACUGAGCGGCGCCAAGGCGACUGACGUCAUAUCCUGCGUGCACGUCAGCAAACUGUAUCCGGCCGUGAGCGGCUUCCGGGUGGCCGUGGACGAUCUGACUUUGGGGAUACCGGCCUUCGAGUGCACCGCCUUGGUGGGUCAGAACGGCGCCGGCAAGUCGAGUACGUUCGCGAUGUUGACCGCCGAAUUGCGUCCGACCUCCGGACACGUGUACGUCCACCAGCACGAGGCGAGCCAAAGAGAUCUCUGCCAGGGACUUAUCAGCUAUUGUCCCCAACGAGACGCCUUGGACUCUCUUCUCACGGUGAGAGAGACGCUGCAGUUCUUCGGCAAGCUGAGAGGUCUCGCCGAUGACGAGGUGAUAAAGCGCACGUUGGAGCAGUUCGAGUUGACCAAAUACAGUUGGAGCCGCAGCGGCGUGCUGAGCGGCGGCAACAAGCGGAAGUUGUGUACUGCCGUCGCCUUCAUGGGGCGGAAUCCCCUCGUCUUAUUGGAUGAACCUACCAGCGGAAUGGAUCCCGGGUCUCGCGCCUGCGUGUCCCGGGCGUGGCUGAGCGCCUGCAAAGCGGGACGCGGCGUCCUCCUCUCGACGCACGCCUUGCACGACGCGCGACGAGCGCAUCGAGUGGCCUUACUCAGGGACGGACGCUUGACUGCGCUCGCGCCGCUCGACCAGGGCUUGGCCAGGUUCGGCGGUGGUUACGUAGUGUGCGCACGAGUGUGUGAAGCGAAUCCCGGCGGCGUGCGCGCGGUCUGGGAACGCGUCGCGAAGGACGCUCCUCACGCUACGCUCACCGCCGCACACGCCGCCGCCUUACACUUCAUUGUGCCCACGAUCGUCACGGAGUCGGGCAAGGAAACCGUGACGCCGGUGAGUUCCAUAUUCCGAGUGAUGAGUGAGCUGCAGAGGGACGGACUCGUGGAAGACUUCACCCUCAACCAGACGUCGCUCGAACAGAUGUUCCUAAAAGGAUCGACCGACAUCGACGCAUUUACUCUCGCAUCGGAAAUCGCUGCUCCCCCCAUCCUCCGCUACAGAAGGAUCAGCGACGAGCUCAGCUCGGUCACAGCUCUCUGAGCAAUUGGACAUUUACCUCGGGUUUCUUAAAGUAUUGAAGAUACAGACUGAAGACAGAUGUAUGAACUAUCUCAAAUAAAAAUACCCAUUCCGUCCAUAUUUUAUAAUUUAAGUCUAUAAAUAGUAUGACAAACUUAAUAAUAACAAAUAUAUACAUGACAAUGUUCCUAGGAUUAAUUUUAUUUAGAUUUAAUUAUUAUCGAAAGGGUCUUUGUAACAUUGCGUAGUUCGUAAGUGACGUCAAUGCUGUGAUAAAAUAAAAAAAUUAUAAAUUGUA